AUGGCAAAGCCCGGAAAGUGCGAGCACGCAUUCAAAAUGAUCAAGUCUGAUACGACGUUGAUUCUCUGGAAUUGCAACAUGUGCCACUCUGGACCGCAUUGGUUCAUCUUCGAGUGUGCAAAGUGCARGCUGAAGACUUGCCGCCCAUGCACAGCAAAGGCAUCCUAA